GACCUGAGCGCUCCCGGCGCCGCAGGUCGCCCAGGCUCCGCCCCCGGAGGCUCGCCGCCCACCGAGUGCCCCGCCCGAGCGCGUUCAGCCCGCGCGCCGCGGCCUCCCUCACCCGCCGGCCCUGCAGACGCCGCAGCAGCGCGUCCUCGUCCUCCUCGAAGUCCCCGAACACCAGCUCCUCCAGGUACCGCUCCACGGCCGACUUGUCUUUCUCCAGCGUCUGGCGGUUCCGCUGCCGGAGCCGUCUCUCCUCCUCCGCCGCGACUGCGAUCGCAGCGGCCGCCGUGCUCGGCCGGGCCGGCGGUUUCCGCUGGGAUGAAGGAGCAGCCUUUCGCGGCGGCCCGCCCGGCCCUGCUCCGGCUCUCCGGUCCGGCUUCAUUUGGCUCUUCCGGUCUAGCCUCACUCCGGUUCUCCGGUCCGGUCUCGUUCGGCUUCUGCGUUCCGGCGGCAUCGUUGGGUUUGAGGAGAAACGCAGGCGCUCACGUGGAACCUCGCUGCGCGUGCGCCGAGACGGUUCUCUUUCCGCGGCCGCUAAGGCCCUGCGGGGUCGGAAGGAGCCUGCGCGGCCUGCUAGCACGUGACCGACACUCUCUCCCUACGUAACGCCCACUCCCCUCACCGGCCCCUCCCCGUAGGGGAGUUCCUCUGGGAGGACCAAUCUUCCGGGUGGAGGGGGAAGCGGCGUGACUGGAGUGGAAAAUUUUUUCCAACACAACUUUGCAGCUGCAACUGAUUGAAAGGAGCACAAGAAAGCCAGAGUAUAGAGUAGGAUGACUGAAUGAAACUUCUACUUUUCUUCCUGACUUUUUAACCACUCGACUUCACACGAGCCGCGGUUUCCUUUCCCACCCCCUCGUCUUGGUACGGCCCUUGGAGUACGGAGCCUGCAGAGGGUCCCACGCUGGAGGAGAGAGAGAGGAGGAGUCGGAAGAGACGUUAGAGGUCACCCAAAGCAGCCGUCCCCUCUGCAGCCUCUCUGACAAGUGCUUUUCAGGUUCAUAUUUAAGGAUUCCUAGCUUUCUUCUGAAGAACUGAAAGUCCAUUCAUGUGAAUUAUUUUGUUUAAUCAUACACUCUUCCUGUGUGACUGAACAUUCUUCACGCCCUGAAAGGAAAAGAAGAGACUCAUUCGGGAUGUUUGACGGCUAUGACAGCUGCAGUGAGGACACAAGUAGCAGCUCCAGCUCCGAGGAGAGUGAAGAAGAAGUUGCUCCUUUACCUUCUAACCUCCCAAUUAUCAAGAACAAUGGACAAGUCUACACAUACCCGGAUGGUAAAUCUGGCAUGGCUACCUGCGAAAUGUGUGGGAUGGUUGGUGUGCGAGAUGCUUUUUACUCCAAAACAAAGCGUUUCUGUAGCGUUUCCUGUUCAAGAAGCUAUUCGUCAAACUCCAAGAAGGCAAGCAUUUUGGCCAGACUUCAGGUAACGGGUAAGCCUCCAACAAAGAAGGCAAAAGUUCUUCAGAAACAACCUUUAGUUGCUAAACUAGCCGCAUAUGCUCAGUAUCAAGCUACCUUGCAAAAUCAAGCAAAGACUAAAGCAGCAGUCUCCAUGGAAGGCUUCAGCUGGGGUAACUACAUCAAUAGCAAUAGCUUUAUAGCAGCUCCAGUUACCUGCUUUAAACAUGCACCUAUGGGGACCUGCUGGGGUGAUAUCUCAGAAAAUGUGAGAGUAGAAGUUCCCAAUACAGACUGCAGCCUACCUACCAAAGUCUUCUGGAUUGCUGGAAUUGUAAAAUUAGCAGGUUACAAUGCCCUUUUAAGAUAUGAAGGAUUUGAAAAUGAUUCUGGGCUGGACUUCUGGUGCAAUAUCUGUGGUUCUGACAUCCAUCCCGUUGGUUGGUGUGCAGCCAGUGGCAAACCUCUCGUCCCUCCUCGAACUAUUCAGCAUAAGUAUACAAACUGGAAAGCUUUUCUAGUGAAACGACUUACUGGUGCCAAAACACUUCCUCCCGAUUUCUCACAGAAGGUUUCAGAAAGUAUGCAGUAUCCCUUCAGACCCUGCAUGAGAGUAGAAGUGGUUGACAAGAGGCAUUUGUGUCGCACACGAGUGGCCGUGGUGGAAAGUGUGAUUGGAGGAAGAUUAAGACUAGUGUAUGAAGAGAGCGAAGAUAGAACCGAUGACUUCUGGUGCCAUAUGCACAGCCCGUUAAUCCAUCAUGUCGGUUGGUCUCGAAGCAUAGGCCAUCGAUUCAAAAGAUCUGAUAUUACAAAGAAACAGGAUGGACAUUUUGAUACACCACCACAUUUAUUUGCUAAGGUAAAAGAAGUAGACCAGAGUGGGGAAUGGUUCAAGGAAGGAAUGAAAUUGGAAGCUAUAGACCCAUUAAAUCUUUCCACAAUAUGUGUUGCAACUAUUAGAAAGGUGCUGGCUGAUGGAUUCCUGAUGAUUGGGAUCGAUGGCUCAGAAGCAGCAGACGGAUCUGACUGGUUCUGUUAUCAUGCAACCUCCCCUUCUAUUUUCCCUGUUGGUUUCUGUGAAAUUAACAUGAUUGAACUUACUCCACCUAGAGGUUACACAAAACUUCCUUUUAAAUGGUUUGACUACCUCAGGGAAACUGGCUCCAUUGCAGCACCAGUAAAACUAUUUAAUAAGGAUGUCCCAAAUCACGGAUUUCGUGUAGGAAUGAAAUUAGAAGCAGUAGAUCUCAUGGAGCCACGGUUAAUAUGUGUAGCCACGGUCACUCGAAUUAUUCAUCGUCUCUUGAGGAUACAUUUCGAUGGAUGGGAAGAAGAGUAUGAUCAGUGGGUAGACUGUGAGUCCCCUGACCUCUAUCCUGUAGGGUGGUGUCAGUUAACUGGAUAUCAGCUACAACCUCCAGCAUCACAGUCGUCAAGAGAAAGCCAAUCAGGUUCAUCAAAACAGAAGAAAAAGGCUAAGUCCCAGCAAUACAAAGGACAUAAGAAAAAGAGGAAGAUGCCAGUUGGGAAGAAGCCUGUCAGUCUGUCGAGCCUGCCCAUGACAGGUGGGGUGCGGAGGGGCUUCUCUGGUGACGAAGAGUUGACUCCUCCUCCAGCACAGACAGCCCCGGAGGCCUUCCCGCCUCCCAGCACUAGCCGAGAGUUCAUUCCCAGCCUCAAAACAGUGACUACAUUGCAGCUGAAGGAGGAGUUGAUAGAUGGAGAGGAUUAUAAUUUUCUCCAAGGAGCGUCUGAUCAGGAGAGCAAUGGCUCAGCCAGCUUCUACAUCAAGCAGGAGCCCUGAAGCGGCUCAGGACCCGGGGCG